AUGUCCAUGAAAACCAAAAUCAAGUCGUUCUUCGACUCAGGUAGACAAUAUGCCGUUGUUGGGGCAUCCAAAAAUCCCUCCAAGUUUGGUUUUAAGAUCCUUUCAUGGUAUGUUUCUCGUGAAUUGCCAGUAGUGCCGGUCAACCCUAACGAACCUGAGAUUCUCGGCCAAACUGUGGUUUCUUCAGUAACUGAGAUCCUCGAGGCACUCAAAUCCAAUCAAGAUAUCGUUCACCACAAACUCUCACAAGCCAACGGCUUGAGCAUCUCAUUCUUGACACCUCCACCUAUCACGCUUAAGACUUUGGACGAAAUCGCCAGUUUCCCUGACUACAAGAGCAUCGUCAAAGGAUUGUGGUUCCAACCCGGUAGCUACGACCAGCUGGUAUUGGAGAAGGCUCAAGAUAUUGGCUUGUACGACAUCACCGUACACGAGGACGAAUGUAUCUUGGUGAGAGGAGACGAAGGCAUGUAUAGUGCCAACUUGUAA